AUUGUAUGAAUGCUUUAAAUGUUUUCAUAUUUUCUCAAAUGUUAAGUUAAAGCUACUUAGUGUUACUUCAUAUCUCGCAGUGGAAUGAUUCGCUUUGUAGCUGGUGAAGAAAAAAAGUUAUUUAGACGCUUAUUGUGAGAAGAAAAAGCAUGAUUUUAUUGUUGUGACUGUUUGAAAGCAACUUGUAGAGUGUUCAUCUGAAAUAAAUGUGUCAUAAAGAAGAAGUAAAAUUUAUGUUAGGAGAUAUUUAUUGAACUAUAUUAAUGGAAUUGAGAGUUGAUAUCUGUGUGAUUCUGUUGAUGACAGUUCAGCAUAUGCUGACAAUUCCCCAAAGUUAUCACUUAUCGAAUUAUGAUGUAAAUUCACGUAUUAGAUUUUACCGAAAUGAUAGUUUGUCACGUACACGAAAGAUUGAUACCGGCGGAAGUCGACAGAAGCAUAUAAAUCGAAAAGCAUCAAUCACUUUCAUUGAUACAACUCAAGAUUGUGGCGAAACUUAUUGCUUAGUUGACCCGAAUUACCCCUCAAACUUCAUCUCAUCAUUAAAUUUGGAAAAAUAUGAACAUCUCUUCGGUGAUGACUUUAUCGAAAACUUUUCGGUAAGAUUUGAUGCAGACGAAAGUGGAUUAUGUCAGAGCCGUAAAAGAUUAAUUCAUCCAAAAAGAGGGCAAACGAUUCAAAAUACGUGGCUGACAAUUGUGAAUGAGGAUAAUAAAUACAGACAAGGAGUUCUUAUUGAAGAGUGCUUAAAUCAACACUUACCUUGUGAAUAUUCACAAAACUUCCCAUUGGGAGUUGAGUCAAAAUGCAAGCAACAUUAUAUUUAUAGAAGUUUACUAGCCAUCAACCAAGACGGAAAACCUGUUAUGGAACACUUUCAGUUUCCGUCUUGCUGCAAAUGCAUGGUGACAUCAAACCGGUCUUAUAAUCGAUUUGGUGAUAAUAGUGAUAGCAAUUAUAAAGAUCGUCUAAUAUUAGCUUGAUCACAAAUUACACUUACAUUUUCUUAGUUCCUUAACAAUGAUAAAUAGAUAUUGAUGGUAUCUAUCGUAACAAGCUAUAAAUACAUCUAACAAACAAACAAUUUAAAUUAUUAAUGAGCUGACUAAGUUGCUGAUGCAAGGGAUGUGUGUGCGAAAUUCGUCAAGGUAUUUAAAUGAAUCACAUUUUUCACUCGCUUUCACUUUCCAAGAAAAUUUGAUUUAUUGAUAGACUUCUGCUUAAUAAAAUGAUGAUGAUAUGUAUGUUGGAAGUUUCGAAGAAAUGUUUUAAUUAAGUGACAUAAUCUAUGUAUGUUCUCCAAACAAAUAUUAAAUUUUAUUGAUGCGAUUGAAUUUCAAAAGACUGAAUGAUAUAAUCAAAUAAAAGAAAAGUAAAAACAAACGAUUAUUAUAAAUAUUUUGUACAUAAGAAUUUAAGUAUUUAUUGAAUAUGUAACAGCACACAAAUUCAAAUUUUAUAACAGUCAUAAAUUGUUUUCUCCUCUUUGGAUAAUAAAAUAAAUUUAGUUACUCAACUUUAUAAACUUAUGACCUUCAUAUGGCUCUCUUUUUUUUUUCUUUUUGGUUUAAUAAUUUUGGUAUCGAAUCUUUUGGAAGAAAAUAUAAAUGAUGAACACCUAAUAAUAUGCAUCUCAACAUUCAUAUGCGUUUUCUUUCUUUCUUUUUUUGGUAAUGUAUAAUUUCACGGAUAAUCUGAAUUAUUUAUGACUCUUCCUUUGAUGGUUGAGUCGGUGAACUUCAGUAAUUCAACAAGCUAAGCAUGACCAUCUGUAUCUUAUACAAACUUUGUAUGCAAUGCCGGAAAAAAAAUCUUCACUCGAAUAAGUGUACAAUGAGUAAUUGGAUAGCAAAUAUAAAUAUUCACAUUGCAAACAAACACGCUCCAGUGAAUACUAAUUUAUUUUUUACUUCUUUUUGAUGUGAUUUGAUUCAAUUUGAAUUGAAUUCAAAAACAAAUAUUUAUCAUCUAAUGAGAUUGAGACAUAACUAACAUCAUGAAUUGAUUUGGAGCUGAAGGCGAUAGCACAUUUUCGCUUCAGUCGUGGCAUAAAUUAAUUUACACUUAUUACAUCUUUACAUUUUCGUAUUUCAUUUAAUAUGUACAUGCUAAACGUUGAUAAACAACAUCAGAGUGACAUACAUAUCCAGUUUUUAUUUAUUUAGUUAUUUAGUUUCCUUUUCUCCUAAUUGUAUGUGUUUUGCGAUUUUUCAUUAUCACAAUUUAUGCCAUCUUCAUCGCUUAUUUCCUCGGCAUAUCAUCUCUGUAAUGUGGUUUCCUCGCAGAAACAGCUUGUCUGUGUUUUCUGAGGAGUUUUCCCAGUAAUUUGUUGCUUUCGCCUUGCGCUGAUGUACAUGGUACUCGU